AGCGGCCCCUCAGCGGACUCUCUCCGGACCCUCAGCGGACUCUCAGGGGCCCCUGCCGGGGAGGAUGCUCCUCAGCUGAAUACCUCCCCCGUCUGGACUGUGGAGCUGUCUGCAGCCUGCCCUGCUGGUGCCCAGCUCUGGAUUCUGGUGCCCACCUCUGACGCCCCCUGCCCGGCUGGUGCCCGGCUCUGACCCCUGCCCUGUUGGGCCCUGGACAACCCCCGGCCCUGCUGACUUCUGGUGCCCGGGCAUCCAUGAUGCAGGCUCGUUACUCUGUGGCGGACAAUGCCCUGGGGGUCGUGCCCUACCUGAGCGAGCAGAACUACUACAGAGCAGCUGGCACCUACAGCACCAUGACUGCCCCCAUGAGCGUCUACCCCGGGCAUGAGCAGUACUCCCCGGGCAUGAACAGGUCUUAUGGCCCCUACCAUCACCACCACCAGCCCUCAGCCCCCAAAGACUUGGUGAAGCCCCCCUACAGCUACAUUGCCUUGAUCACCAUGGCCAUCCAGAAUGCCCCUGAGAAGAAGAUCACCCUGAAUGGCAUCUACCAGUUCAUCAUGGACCGCUUCCCCUUCUACCGGGAGAACAAGCAGGGCUGGCAGAACUCCAUCAGGCACAACCUGUCCCUCAACGAGUGCUUCGUCAAGGUGCCCAGAGACGACAAGAAGCCAGGGAAGGGCUCCUACUGGACUCUGGACCCGGACUCCUACAACAUGUUCGAGAAUGGCAGCUUCCUGAGGAGGAGGAGGAGGUUCAAGAAGAAGGAUGCCGGCGGCAAAGACAAGGAGGACAGACACCAGAAGGAGCAGGGCAAGCUCCAGAGCCCCAGCAUGGACCUGGCCAAGGAGGCCCAGCAUGACCACAAGAAGGUCAUCAUCAAGAGUGAGUCUCCAGAGCUGCCAGUCAUCACCAAGGUGGAGAACAUGAGCCCCGAUGGUGGCAGUGCCAUGCAGGACAGCCCCAGGAGUGUGGCCUCCACCCCCUCUGUGUCCACAGAAAGCUCCAUUCCUGACCACCACCCAUCCAGCAACGGACUGUCAGGCUUCAGCGUGGAGAACAUCAUGACACUAAGGACUUCUCCUCACGGGGAGCUGAGCCCUGUGUCCUGCCGAACAGGUAUGGCCCCCUCCCUGCCCAUAACCUAUGCCCAAAGCCAGCCCUCCAUCUACAGCCAGGCCUGCACCCAAGCCAUGGAGGGUGGUGGGAGCUACCAAUGCAGCAUGAGGGCCAUGAGCCUGUACACCAGUGACAGGUCAGGACAUCUGUGUGUGCCCACCACCCUGGACGAGGCUGACCACCACAAUGGGACAACGUCUCCACUGAACUCCAUGAGCCUCAACUCCAGCCAGGAGACUGUCCUGACCUCAGGCCACCACCAACAGCAAGGAGGGGCACCAGGGCAGACCCCCUCUUGGUACCUCAACCACAGUGCAGAGCUCAACCACCUCUCUGGGCACAGCUUCACCCCCCAGCAGCAGACAUUCCCCAAUGUUAGGGAGAUGUUCACCUCCCACCGCCUGGGCAUUGAGGGCUCAGCCCUGGGGGACCAUCAAGUGAGCAAUAAUGCCAGCUGCCAGAUCCCCUAUAGAGCCCCCCCCUCCAUAUACCGCCAUGGCAGCCCCUACUCCUAUGAUUGCACUAAAUACUGACCUCUUCCCCACCAGGACAGCAUUCCAGGGGCCAAUCAUGUGCCUAGGGGCCAACCAUGAGUGCACCCCCACCCCAUCAAAGACUAUUGCAAAAUGUAAAAUGUGUGAAUUUGAGUCCUACAAAUCCAGAAAACUCAGAAUUACUUGAAAAGUGGAGAAAUGGGAAUGAAAUGUAAGAUCGGAGAGAAGAAGCAGAUGUGAGAUUUGCCCGAAUAUUAUUAUAAUCUACAGAGAAAAUUAUAAGGGGCAGAAAAUUAUAAAGGACGGUCCUAAGUGCUCCCUGAGGGGUUCCUGCCUUCAGAGUCCUUUAUAUUAAUAUUUAAAGUUGAGGUCACUGGAUUCUUCUGUUACAUUGUUGCUGUUUUGUUACAUUGUUGCUGAGGUUUUGUCACUUUCUCCUCUUCCUUGUAUAUAAUAAUCUGCAGGUUUUGUCUCUUUUUUUAUUUUAUAUUAUAGAUGAAAAUAAGUUUA